UUCUCAAGGAAUGUUUCAUGGAUAUUGGUUUGUUUCCUGAACUCAGAAGAAUCCCUGCAACUGCUCUCGUUGAUAUAUUUACAGAAAUGCAUGGAGUAAAAGAAGAUGAUGCCAUUGCUAAUCUUUAUGAGCUCCAAGAUCGAAAUCUUGUAAAUAUUGUUGUCACAAGAAAAGAUGCAGAUGAAGUGGAUGACUACUACAGUGAACACUUUGUUACUCAGCAUGGUAUGCUUAGAGAGCUUGCUAUACACCAAAGCAAGCACGAUCCACAAGAAAAGAGGAAAAGAUUGAUUGUAGAAAUAGCUGGAAAUAAACUUCCUCAGUGGUGGAAUGAACAAAUAGAGCAGCCUUUCAAUGCCCACUUAGUAGCUUUUUCAACAGAUGAAUCAUUUACAUCAAAUUGGUGCGACAUCAAACUACUUGAAGCAAGAGUUCUAGUUCUGAAUUUUCAAACCAAGACUCAUGCCUUACCAGAGUUUGUGAAAAACAUGAGCAAACUAAAGGUUCUAAUAAUCACAAACUACAGUUUCUUACCAGCUGAAUUAACCAACUUUGAGCUGCUUGAUACCUUGACCAAUCUGACUAGAAUCAGACUAGAGAGCAUAUCGAUUCCCUCCCUGAAAGAAACUCACGUUGUACUGAAGAAACUGCUGAAGUUAUCUGUGUUCAUGUGUGAAUUUGGCCAAGCCUUCACUUCUAUCAAGAUAUCAGAAGAACUAAACAUUGACUAUUGCAAUGAUUUGGUGGAACUGCCUUCAGGGGUUUGUGAUCUAUUCAAGCUGAAGAAGCUGAGCAUAACACACUGCCAUGAUCUGUCUUCACUGCCUGAAGAAAUGGGGAACUUGGUCAAUCUGCAAGUGUUGAGGCUAAGAACUUGCAUUGAAUUGGAAAAGUUACCAGACUCCAUUUGCAGCCUAUCCAAGCUAACAUUUCUUGACAUAUCAGACUGCAUCAGCAUUAGGAACUUGCCUGAAAACAUUGGUCAGCUGCGUAGUUUAACAAAUCUAAACAUGAAGAACUGUUGGAGAUUGGUAGAGUUGCUUCCAUCAGUUCUGGACUUUAAACAGCUGAAAGAUGUGGUGUGUGAUGAGGUGCUAAAACAAGUAAGGGAAUUUUAUUUGCCUGCUGAUGCCAAUAUUGAGCUAAGGUUGGCCAAGGAUGAGGUUAACUUACAUUGGCUUGACUAUUGAGAUUGAGAAAGUCAUGAGGUUUGAACUGAGUUUUUUUUUUUUU